AUGGCGGCAGAUCGUGGCGAUGCGUCCGAUUUUGGCACAGAGACUAUCAGAAAGUUGGGUGUGAAGACUGAGAAGCAGGACCCAGUGGAUAUCGAGCCAGGGAACGGCACAGGGAAAGAGCCUCGUGCCAUCCAGCCUGAGAGUGCCAAGGGAUUCUGGGAAGGUGCUGCACUGGACCAUGUCAAAUGGGAGCCCGAGGCGGCAGCGCAAGGAUGCUGGGAGACUCAGUGGCAGCGGUUUUUGAAGGCGGUACAGUCCCCGCACUUGGAACGAGGAAAGGUCCCCCAACCGGGACCUGCACUGAGGGCUAUUUCUCAGGCCGAUCUGCCUCCCUUUGAGGGAGCGCCGGAGAGAGGCCUGCAGCUGAGGAGGCAGGAAGGAGCUCAACUCCUGCCCAGUGGUGAAGCCCACAAGAGCUCGGGGGCCGAAGGCGAGGUCCUCGUUCCUAGGACGGUAAAGGAAGAGGACCUGGAUGUGGAGAGUGUCCGCCAGCACUUCCGGCAGUUUUGCUACCGGGCGGCCGAAGGGCCCCGCAAGGUUUGCAGCCGCCUCCGGGACCUUUGCCGACAGUGGCUGCAGCCGGAGAGGCACACCAAGGAGCAGAUCCUGGAGCUGCUGGUGUUGGAGCAAUUUCUGACCGUCCUGCCUCCAGAAGUCCAGGCCUGGGUCAGGGAGGGGAGCCCAGAGUCCUGCGCGCAAGCAGUGGCCCUGGCUGAGGACUUCCUGCUGCAGCAAUCCCGAGAGGAGGAGAGAUGGGAAGAGGAGGUGAGCCAGGUGCUUUCAGCCAGGUCAUUUUUUGGUUAAUAAAAAUAAUAAAAAUAAUAAUAAUACAGUCAUACCUCAGGUUAAAUGUGCUUCAGGUUGAGCAUUUUCAAGUUAUGCUCUGCGGCGACCCGGAAGUAACAGAGCGCAUUACGUCCAGGUUUCGCCGCUCUCACAUGCUCAGAUGCUAAAAAUGACGUCACGUGCAUGCGCGGAAGCGGCAGAACGCGACAUGCGCAGAUGUGCAGUCAUGUCUUACGUUCUACUCAGGAUGUGAACGGGGUUCCGGAACGGAUCCCAUUCACAUCCAGAGGUACCACUGUAAUAAAAUUAAUUUAUAGACAGUCGUAGCUUGGUUGACUAAUGCCUUGCGACUCAAACAUUUUGGUUCCUGAACGCCGCAAACCCAGAAGUGAGUGUUCCGGUUUGCAAAGGUUCUUGCAAAGCUUCCGCAGCUUCCGAUUGGCUGCAGGAGCUUCGCCUUGGUUUAUGAACGUUUUGGAAGUCAAAUGGACUUCCGGAACGGAUUCCAUUCGACUUCCGAGGUACGACUGUACAGUGGUACCUCGGGUUAAGAACUUACCGUAUUUUUCGCUCUAUAACACGCACCAGACCAUAACACGCACGUAGUUUUUAGAGGAGGAAAACCAGAAAAAAAAUAUUCUAAAUGAAACAGUGGGUGUAUGAUUUUUGUGGUUCAUGCUGUGGCCACAGACAUGUGAUCUGACAGUGAGUUUGGAGUAGCCCAAUGCAAAAAUCCUGAGGAUCCAUGUGGAUCCAUGCUUUGUAACCACGUUUUUGCACCAUUGCAGCCCCAGGCAACAGUGGGUGCGUGAUUUUUUUGGUACAGACUGUAGCCAUGGACAUGUAAUGUGAUCUGAUGGUGAAUUUGGGGUGACCCAGUGCAAAAAUCCUGAGGAUCCAUGUGGAUCCGUGCUUUGUCACCACGUUUUAAAUGGGGAGGGAAGGAAAGCAAAAGCCCCCCCCCCCAAGCCAGACAGGAUAUACGAAGUAUGAUUUCUUUUUUAUUUACGGUAUUUCUUUUUUGGCCACCUCUGUCACUGCAACCUUUGCUCUGUGCUUGCACACUUUUGGGCAAUAGGGCAUGUAACACACUUUUUUUCAUCUGCCAAGAUAUAGAAAAUCAAUUUUAAUGUCCCUAUAUAAAAUGCCUAGUGAAGCAGAAGGAUAUUACAUCAGCCACUGUAUUAAGGCUAAACGUUUGAAGAACAGCUCUCUAUGGGGGGGGGGAGACUAAAUUCCAUUUUCAAUCAAUUGUUAUUGUGGCAGCAAUUAUCAGUGUAUAGCGCACAAUGAGGAAAAGAACUUUAAAAAAUAUAUAUAAAAAACAUUCUCACGUUAUACUUCAAAGAAGAGUAUUAGGCUUUUAAUGAAGGGGAGAGGAGAGAUGCUGUAAUCCUCCUGGCUCAGGAGAUUCUGAUUUACCAGCCGCGUGUAGAAAGUAUAGAUUAAGAUAUUUGAUAUACAGCAUAUAAAUCCAGAGAUUUCCAUGUCUCACUCUGCAAUCCAGCCUGCUGUUACUUACGAGCAGGGAAGCAGGGUUUCUCUUCCAAACAAGCAUACUGUCUCCCUCCAGCAGUACAUUGCUUGGAGAAGCUGUAAUUUGGAGGGGGCCUGGGGGCAGGGCUCUCUGCUUUUGGAAAAGAAAUGAGAAACCUACCAUUGUAAAGCAAAAGUCCCCCCCCCCCCACCCAAGCCAGCCCUCUCUCUCUCUCUCUCUCUCUCUCCCACCUGCAUGCUUUUGCUUUUCGGCUGCCUGCGAGUCCCUAGAGCACGGAGAGGAGGAAGUGGUGGGCUGGAGCCUGCACGCAGUGUGACUAGGAAAGAAUUAGAAGGAAGGACUCGAUCCUUUCCUUAACCCUCUGCUUGCCAGGAGGGCAGGGGAUUCCCUGCUCUUUGUUGAGUUUGAGCAAACGCAGCAACAGAAGCCGGUGGGCAGUAAGACCCUGAGGCAGAAUGCAGGAAAGCUUCCGCCUUCCCCCUUCCCUCCGCCCGCCCGCCCGAUCUUUUUUUUGCUUGAUUUUUGCCUAUUUUGCCCCUGCGCUCCGGAGAGUCAGCGCCAGGGUCCACACAUUCGCUCAAUAACACGCACAGACAUUUCCCCUUACUCUUUAGGAGAAAAAAUCUGCGUGUUAUAGAGCGAAAUUUACGGUAAUUCGUUCUGGAGGUCUGUUCUUAACCUGAAACUGUUCUUAACCUGAAGCACCACUUUAACUAAUGGGGCCACUGAGCCGCCACUGCACAAUUUCUGUUCUCAUUCUGAAGCAAAGUUCUUAACCAGAGGUACUAUUUCUGGUUUAGCGGAGUCUGUAACCUGAAGUGUCUGUAACCUGAAGCAUCUGUAACCUAAGGUACCACUGUACUGCCCUAUACCCACAGGUCUCAGGGUGUCUCACAGAAUAAAAUCAGAAUAUAAAACCACAAAAUACAUAAUCAAACAAAAACAAUAACCCCCCUCGCCCGUUUUAAAAGGGCAUAGAAUGUCAAUCAAAUCAACCAAAGGACUGGCUAAAAAGGAACUUUUCUGCUUGGCGUUUAAAGGUAUAUAAUGAAGGUGCCAUGGGAACUUCCCUGGGGAGAGCAUUCCACAGACGGGGAGCUACUUCAGAGAAGGCCCCGUUCUCGUGUUGUCACCCUCUGGACUUGCAAGAAAAACCUGAUUAAUGCAGAUUUAGAGCAGCCAUGGCUUCUCCCGAAGACUCCUGGGAGCUGCAGUUUGUUAAGGCUGCUGAGACCUCUUAGGAGGCUGCCUCCCUAUUCCCCUCCCACGGCCACAAUUCCCAGAGUGGUUUACUAACAAUCCCUUUUCCCUGGAACUCUGGGAAUUAUAGCUCUGGGAGGGGAGUAGGGUGUCCCCAAAGAGCUCUCAGCAGCCUUAACAAACUCGACUUCCCAGGAUUCUUUGGGGGAAGCCAUGACUGUUUAAAGUGGUAUCGUAUCAUAGCACUUUAAAUGUAUGCUGUGAAUGAGCACUCUCUUCCAGGACUAAAACAGCAGACAGCUUCACUUUUGACUCUUAGAUGAUGAUGAUGAUGAUGAUGAUAAUGAUAAUAAUAAUAAUAAUAAUAAUUUAUUAUUUAUACCCCACCCAUCUUGCUGAGUUUCCCCAGCCACUCUGGGCGGCUCCCAAUCAAGUGUUAAAAACAAUACAGCAUUAAACAUUAAAAACUUCCCUAAACAGGGAAACCUAAACAGGGCUGCCUUCAGAUGUCUUUUAAAGAGAAGAUGGCUGUUUAUUUCCUUCACAUCUGAAGGGAGGGCGUUCUACAGGGUGGGUGCCACUACCGAGAAGGCCCUCUGUCUGGUUCCCUGUAACCUCACUUCUCACAAUGAGGGAACCUCCAGAAGGCCCUCGGCGCUGGAUCUCAGUGUCCGGGCUGAAUGAUGGGGGUGGAGAUGCUCCUUCAGGUAUACAGGACCGAGGCCGUUUAGUGCUUUAAAGGUCAGCACCAACACUUUGAAUCGUGCUCGGAAACGUACAGGGAGACAAUGCAGAUCUCUCAGAACCGGUGUUAUGUGGUCACGGCGGCCACUCCCAGUCACCAGUCUAGCUGCCACAUUCUGGAUUAAUUGCAGUUUCCAGGUCACCUUCAAAGGUAGCCCCACGUAGAGCGCAUUGCAGUAGUCCAGUGGGCCUCAGCAGCUGCUUAAUUUCUAUUUCUGCUUUUAAUUUUCCAGGUGCCAGGGGUGUCUAAGGAGGUAGCUGCCGAGUCUUCAGAGGCAGAGCAGGCGCCGUCGGACACCUGGAAGGCGGUGCUCUCUAGAGAGGUCAAGCAAGAGGGGGACGGAGAAACCACCUGUGCAGGUGAGGAUGCUUUGCACCUGAUUACCAGCCACAGUUACCCCAGGGAGGUGGUCGAGAAAUGUGUCCCUGCCUCCCAUAAGAACUGCAUAAAUUGCCUAAUGGGGCAGUAACCUCUCCCCGCACCUAGCCAAAUAGAGAGUGAGCAUGCUCUGUAACUCACCAUAGAGUGUCUGUUAGAAAAGGAACAAUGGAACACUAGGAGCGGGGCAAGUCAAAGUGGCCGGCUGGAAGAGAUUUGGCUCUACAGUUUUACAGCGUGUACUUUGUAAUUUGGAGUUUUCAAGGUCUGCCUUUAAAUUGCUAUGUAUAUAUUUAUUUCUAUUAUAGAUUUUGUUUUCUGAUACUUCUGUUGUACUCUGUUUCGAAAACAUGUUUUGGGAAGAAGUUUACUUACAAUCUUACUGGAAAUUUAUUUACAAUCUUAAAUAAACACAUUGUGAUGUUUUGUUGUAGCUCCCAUUUAUUAUGACUGUGGUACCUUGGUUUACAACCAUAAUCCCUUCCGGGGGUUUGUUUGUAAACAGGUUGUAACCCAAGGCGUGUUUUCGCCAAUGGGGCCUCCAAAAAUUCUUUGUUCUAAUACAAAAAAAUUGGGUUGUAAUCCAAAACAAGUUUGCAAACUGGGACACGCAUUUCCGGGUUUGACGUGUUUGUAAUCCAAAACGUAUGCAAACCAGACUGUUUGCAAACCAAGGUACCAUUGUAUUUUCAUAUUGAUGGUGAUGAUAUAAAUUUUUAACUUACCUGUUGCUAAUAGUAGUCAUAAUCAUAGCUGUCAACUUACAGAUUUGAAAAUAAGGGACCAGCAGCCUCAAAAAUAAGGGAUCAACAAUUACUUUGAUAAAAUACAUAUUUUGUUGCGUGCAAAUGGCUUUAGAUACCUAUUAGGUUCACAAAUUACCAUGUAGCAUAUAUUCAACACAAAAAAAGCAACAAUUUGUUGUUGACAAAGCACAGCUGGACAUAGAAAGGGCCCCAUUACCUUCAGUAGCUUAUUUAAGGGACAUCAUCAAUAAGGGACAGCAGCGGAACAUGGUGCUGGGAUAAGGGACUGUCCCGCCAAAUAAGGGACGCUUGACAGCUGUGGUCAUAAUUCACAUCAGAGUUGCAUCAGAGUCAGGUUAGAACCAUUGGAAUGAAUGAACCGGUUAGUCAUGUCCAUUAAAUUUGGUGGGUUAACUCUGAGUAGGACCAGCCUUAGCUACAACCCCUUGCUAACUCGCCUUUUAGGAAACCUCCUAAUUAGCAUUUAUCUAGAAUUUUAGGGCAAAGGUUCUCAAACCAUUCAGCCCCAGAACACGCUUGAGGGAGCUCAAGGCCCUCCAGUCACAAAGUAGCGGUUCAAGACUAAAGCCAGGAACAAAAUGGAGAUUGGGUCUGGCAUAAUCAGCUGGCGACAACCGACAUUACUGAUACCUAAUCACUCUUUGGCAACUGCUAUUUAUAUCACCACAAGGAUUCCCACUGUGGCAGGGAGUACCAUGGCUCCAUUUUCCUCAGGAAGCUGCCUUAUACUGAGUUAGAACAUUGCUCCAUCUAGCUCAGCAUUGCCUGUUCUGACUGGCAGCAGCUCUCCAGGGUUUGGGCUGGGUGUUCAUCAGUAUGCAGAGAGGUAGUUGGAGGAUGGAUGGCGGAUAACGGAUUGAGGUUGAAUCCUGACAAGACAGAAGUACUGUUUUGGGGGGACAGGAGGCGGGCAGGUGUGGGGGACUCCCUGGUCUUGAAUGGGGUAACUGUGCCCCUGAAGGACCAGGUGUGCUGCCCGGGAGUCAUUUUGGACUCACAGCUGUCCAUGGAGGCGCAGGUCAAAUCCGUGUCCAGGGCAGCUGUUUACCAGCUCCAUCUGGUACGCAAGCUGAGACCCUACCUGCCCGCAGACUGUCUCUCCAGAGUGGUCCAUGCUCAGGUUAUCUCCCGCUUGGACUACUGCAAUGCGCUCUACGUGGGGCUACCUUUGAAGGUGACCUGAAAACUGCAAUUAAUCCAGAAUGCAGCAGCUAGACAGGUGACUGGGAGUGGCCGCCGUGACCACAUAACACCGGUCCUGAGAGAUCUGCAUUGGCUCCCAGUACGUUUCCAAGCACAAUUCAAAGUGUUGGUGCUGACCUUUAGAGCCCUAAACGGCCUUGGUCCUGUAUACCUGAAGGAGCGUCUCCACCCCCAUCGAUCAGCCCAGACACUGAGGUCCAGCGCCGAGGGCCUUCUGGCGGUUCCCUCAUUGCGUGAAGUGAGGUUACAGGGAACCAGACAGAGGGCCUUCUCGGUAAUGGCGCCCGCCCUGUGGAACACCCUCCCUUCAGAUGUGAAGGAAAUAAGCAACAAUCCUAUCUUUAAAAGACAUCUGAAGGCAGCCCUGUUUAGGGAAGUUUUUAAUAUUUAAUGCUGUAUUGUUUUUAACACUUGAUUGGGAGCCGCCCAGAGUGGCUGGGGAAACUCAGCCAGAUGGGCGGGGUAUAAAUAAUAAAUUAUUAUUAUUAUUAUUAUUCAGACAAGGAAUCUUUCCCAGCCUGGGACUUUCUGCAUGCAAAGCACAUGGUCUGCCCCUGAUCUUCCUUCCUGAUGUUGAGCUUGGCCUGUUGUUCCUUCAUCCCUUAGCACAGAGAGACUGACAUGUGGACGCUCUGCUUCUUCCAGCAGAUGAUCAGAAGAGGCCAUUGGUGAUGGAGCAAAAUUGGACAGGACGUCCCGGGGAAGACGAUCCACGUGGGAUGUUGGCAGAAAGGGAUAAACGAAGCGUUGCCCAAUGCCUGGUUCGGGGAGUAACGUCUGAAAUCCAAGAGGGAAAGGAAGGGGGUGCAGUCACGAAUUCUUGGGGAGGUGAGAAAGGACCGGAGGGAAAUGCCAAGGGGGCAAAGGCUGACCUUGAAUGCGGGAAAGCGCUUGGACACGAUUCCGAAAACGAAACAAACCUUGGGCAAGAGAAGCUGUGCAAGUGCCCAAUCUGCGGGCAAAGCCUUAGCAGGAGAACCGGGCUCCUUAUACACCAGAGGAUCCACACGGGAGAGAAACCCUAUAGCUGCUCAGACUGCAGGAAAAGCUUCCGGCACAAGUCGGUCCUUAUUCGACAUCAGAGAAUCCACACGGGCGAGAAGCCACACAAGUGCCCCGACUGCGCCAAAAGCUUCCGGGACAGAUCGGCUUUGGAUGUGCACCGGAGAACCCACACGAGGGAAAAACCCUAUCAGUGUUCAGACUGUGGGAAAAGCUUCAGCCACCGCUCCAACUUGAUUACUCACGAGCGCAUCCACACGGGAGAGAAGCCGUUCAAGUGCUUGGAGUGCGAGAAAAGCUUCAGCGACCGGUCGUCCCUAACGGCGCACAAACGGGCCCACACCGGAGAGAGGCCGUACAGGUGCGCCAAGUGCGGGAAGAGCUUCUCUCAGAGCUCCAGCCUCCUUUCGCACCAGAGAAUCCACACAGGGGAGAGGCCCCACGAGUGCCCGGAUUGCGUGAAGUGCUUCCGCGACAAGUCGGCUUUCUUCGUUCACCGGAGGACCCACACGAGAGAGAAGCCGUAUAACUGCUCUGGCUGCGGGAAGAGCUUCAGCCAUCGCUCCAACCUGAACACGCACGAAAGGAUACACACAGGGGAGAAACCUUACAAGUGCUUGGACUGUGGGAAAACCUUCGCCCAGAGACCAAGCCUUACUGCACAUGAGAGAAUCCAUUCCAAAAAGACAUUGCAGAGCUGCUGA